ACUCUUCAUUGGUAGUAGCAUUUUUAAAAAAACAACAACAACGUCACCACGUCGGGUGGUGCACUCACUUCCUGGUUACUGUGUGUUGCAUGUUGUGCAUGCCGCAAUAUUGAUUAUUUGACUCAAUGGUACAUUUCAUGCCAAGACAACACUGGAUAGGCGGGUUUCGUCUAGCGCUCACCCUCUUCGGACUUCCGUACACCGUCUGCAGCUCCGGAGUUAGGCCUGCCAUCUCCUGCCCAUCUGGUCAUCCAUUCAGAACCAGUCAAACCAUUAGACCCGUCAGUACCAGUUGCUGUAAACUCUACAUGACCAGUGUCAGUGCAAUGCCAUUCUCAGCAGCGCCUCAUGUGAAGUCAAGAUGUGCCCAGUAUCCAGGGUCCGAAAUCAAACGCUUCCCUGUGCCUGAUGAAAAGGUGGACUGGAGUCAGGACUGGCCGGACUACGAUCCAGUCAGCUACACCAGCCCCUCAGUGGCAAAGAAGCCAGAAUGGGCAGAUCCUGAUAUUGGCUCUUUCUCUCCAAAGUUCAACACUGUGGAUGGUUCUGUAGACAGAACAAGCUUUGAGGGCAGUUACAAAGUGGAAAAUGGAAAGCCGCUAAAUCCUCAUGGACGCACGGGGCUGACUGGUAGAGGUUUGCUGGGACGAUGGGGACCCAAUCAUGCAGCAGAUCCCAUUGUCAGCAGAUGGAAAAUAGAUGCUAAAGGAGCAAAGAUAAAUCACUCAGUCUCCAAACAGCCUAUCCUGCAGUUUGUGUCCAUCAAGAGGAAAGACUGCGGGGAGUGGGCCAUUCCUGGGGGGAUGGUGGAUCCAGGAGAGCAGGUUUCUCUCACACUGCAGCGGGAGUUUUCGGAAGAAGCCUUGAACUCGCUGGCAGUCUCGCCAUCAGAGAGAGCAAAAAUCCAUGAACGCAUCACCAAACUCUUCCAAUCAUCAGGGUUUCAGGUCUAUAAAGGCUACGUGGAUGAUCCUAGAAACACUGACAAUGCUUGGAUGGAGACAAUCGCUGUCAACUUCCAUGAUGACACAGGCGACAGCGUGAGUGAGCUGCCGUUGCAAGCUGGCGAUGACGCAGGACAAGUCCAGUGGGUUGAUGUUGACUCGUCCUUCCCCCUCUAUGCGAAUCAUUCCCAUUUCCUGGAGCUGGUUGCCAAAGAGAGGAAAGCUCACUGGUAACCAAAGGCGAAAGACUUUAUUCUGGCAUAACGAUGAAGGAAACAUUAGAGUGCUGUUGCUCUGAUGUCUUACAUGAAUCCUCCCUCACUAAUUUCAACAUAAUAAUCACAGUGAUGCUAAUAUGCAUCUCAUUACUUUGACAUGGUUAUGUAUGUCCAUUAUACACUGUACAGCAACAUUAUGGCUUUGAAGUUUAAGAUAGAUAUAGUUGAUCUUGUGAAAUGAAUGAAACUAGCAUGUUGAGCUGUUGCAAGAAGAAAAAAGGUGUGAAAUCAAAGUUUUUCCAACUAUUUUAGAACUACUGUUUGACUUAUGUUGAAGAAGAGAAAAAAAAUAUUCAUUUCCAUUAAAAAACAAAAACUUUUGACUCACUACUUGGAAGAAGCUUAACCUGAGACCAAUGCUGCUCAAUGGAGCACUUCAUUAAAAGACGAAGCUAACCACAUUAUUUCUAUUGGAUCAAAUUAUGCUAAUGUAUUCAGUGUUAACAAGGAUCCCAUUAACUCAGUGUGAUCGUGUUAAGAACAAACACAAUGAGCUGCUGAACAUAACACAUACCACAUUAAUUUAAGUGUGAUAAGGGGGGUAAUCAGAAUGAAAUAGCGCAGACUGACUUUGAUCUUUACAUGUGAAUAGAAUAUGAAGAUCCCCUCACAGGCCAGCCAUGCAGUGACACUGAGCAUAAACGGGCUGAAGCUAGAGGACAAACAUGUUUUGAAGUGGUAACAGAUGGUGGAAGCAAAGGCCAUCUCACACUCAACAGCCUGCCUGUCCAAAUGUUCACAUUGUUACGUGUCAUCUCACUGGCCGGCCAUACUUUGCGAUGAAACAGGGAUGCAGAAUUACGCCUUAAAUGGCUUGUAUCUGUUAAGAUUCCUGAUACAAACAGUAACACACAGACGUUUCCGUCAUCAAAAGGCAAUCAACAACAGACAACCAAGCUGCAUAAUUAGCUUAAUUUAGUUAUAGUAUUGAGAGAAAGCUGCAUAAUCCCAUGUUUCUUACUUUGCAUUAAAUCAUGUUUGUCUUUGCACUGAAUUAAAAGUAAGAGAUUCACAAGAUGUGAAGUGUUGUUUAUGCUAUAAAGCUAGAGGGGACGUCUACUAGGCACUUAUGGGAAAGGAGGGAGAAUGUGGCUGUACUUGGGUUUAUAAAGUUGAAACCUUGUACAAGAAACAGUUCAUUGAAUUAGCUCCACAGCAGUUCUAUGAAGUACCACUAAUCUUAUAAGCCCUAUGAGGUAUUUUUAUUUGCUCUUUGGCAGGUAUGUGUGCAGAGUUUUUUCCAUCUAUUUCUACAGUUCAAUCUUUUAACAAGAACAUUUUGUGGCGUAAUCUGAAAAUUCACACCCAUACAGAUAUACUUUCAGCUCUGGUGGCUAUAUCAGCUUAUAUACAGACAAUUAGCUUAUAUGAACCAGAAGGUGUCUACUCUCUAAAUUUGCACUGAGUUUCUUUGAAAGUGGCUGAUACUGUGUUUUCCUUUUUACUUGAAAUUGCAAAUCAUUUUUAACUCUUGAGUUAAUUUGUGCAUUUCUCCUCUUAAAAUCUGUGUCUUUAAAUUGAUCAUUAUACGUCGUACACUGGAUUUACUGUCUUACAGUAUGUGUAAUAGUAGCCGUCUUUAUGUCUCCAGAAUCAUCAAAUGUUUGUGUAACACUUGAGAUGCUAUGAGGUGCCACUAAACCAAUGAAAAUUCUAGAAAUUUUUCUUGUUUUUUUUUCAUGGACAAAUUAAAGGAUUGAAAUUGAA